UCGUUGGUGUGCGGCCCUGCCCUUCAUUGUUGACACAUCUGACUUGAGUUCACUUUAUUGACUGGCGCAGCAAGAACUGUAUCUAAAUGGUCUGGACUGAUCUAAAGGAUUAAAAAACAGGAUUCUACUGCAAUAAAGAUUCAACGUCAGACCCCAACUUCAGCUACUAAAGUGGAGUUUCCCUAACACAAAAAGGCGCACGUUGUGGCUACUCAUGAACUCAUCCAAGACUGCAGACAAACGCAGCACAGAAUGAACUGUGAUGAACAAGAUUUUCCUGACACUGAUGUUUAAGAAUUGAUUGAGAAAAUGGAGAACAUAGUGGACAAUAACAAGGGACAAGAUGUAAUCGCUGAAGAGACUGAGACCGUGGUCAAACCUGAAAGUGCAAAUCCAUCUUGUACAAGACGUGGAUCAGAAGCUUAUGAAUAUAAGAGAAGAACGCCUCCCAGGAUAGCGCCAAGAAGAAAGUCUGCCAGUUUGGUGCAGAGUAGAGAGUGUCUCAGGAUGGUGCUGAUUGGAAAGACUGGUAGUGGAAAGAGUGCAACUGGAAACACAAUUAUGGGCAAAGAUUGCUUUAAUUCUAAAAUUUGUCAAAAAUCAGUGACCAAGCUUUGCGAGAAAGCAACAGGAGUGAUUGAUGGGCGGCAUGUUGUCAUAGUAGACACCCCUGGCUUGUUCGACACUACUCUGACCAAUGAUGAAGUUCAACAGGAGCUUGUGAAAUGUGUCACCUUGUUGGCUCCAGGACCUCAUGUGUUCUUACUGGUGCUGCCAAUCGGUCGCUUUACACAAGAAGAAGAAGAAACUGUGGAACUGAUCAGGGACUUUUUUGGCAAGAAGUCAGAAGAUUUUAUCAUUGUCAUAUUCACAAGAGGAGAUGAUCUUGAAGACCAAACAAUUGAGAGUUACAUAGACGAAGACACUGAGGGUUCCUUAAAAAAACUGAUAACUCAAUGUAGAGGAAGAUACCAUGUCUUCAAUAACAAUAAUCAAGAGAAUCAUUCUCAAGUCAGCCAGCUGCUGACCAAGGUUGAGGCAAUGGUGAAAGAAAAUGGUGGUUGCAACUACACCUCAGAUUGGUUCCAAGAAACUGAAGCAGUCAUACAAAAAGAAAAAGAUUGCAUGUUGGUGAAGGAACAAGAGAUACAAAGGAAACAGAGGGACCUAGAAAGAAAACAUCAAGAAGCUAUGCAAGAGAUAGAUAGAAAAUUGGCAGAGCUAAGAUCUAAACUUGAUCAAGAAAGAGAAGAGAGAGCCAAAGAAAAGGAGGAAUUCCAACGACACGAGUGGAAAAAGAAACUUAAAACUCUGGAAGAAAAACUAAAAUAUGUAUCUGCACAAAGUGCUGCUUGGGCGAUAUUAAUACAGGCUAGAGAAGACAUGAGAAAAGAACGAGAGGCUUGGGAAAAGGAAAGAAAGGAAUGGUGGGAGAAACGAUACCAAGAAGAUCCACAGAAACGAGAGGAGCAAAAGCAACUCGAAAAGCUCAGACAAAUAAGAUUGGAAAACAAAAGAAAAGAAGAUGAUGAAAUCAGAAGAGAAUUUGAAGAAAGAGAAUGUCUAGAACUACACAAAUUAUAUCAAUCUAAAAAGAACUUAGAAGAAAUGAAGAAAAAUGAAGAAGAGGCCAAAAAGCAAGCUGAUGAAGUCAAUAAAUUCAGUGAGAUAUAUACCAAGGAUGUUUCAGCUGAAAUGGAACAAAACCAAAACGCCUCAGUGAUAAAAAAGUUGUGCAGACACAAAGUGUACCACAAAGACUUUAAUAAACUGAAGAAAAAACAAGAACAAGAAAUGAAUGAGCUGAAAUUGACACUCGGCAACCAAAAAGAAAAUCUGAACCAAGAAAUCAAUGAGCUGGAGAAAAAACAUAAGGAGGAAAUACAUAUCUGGAUACAGGAACAUGUGAAGAAAGCCAGCGAAAACAAGGCUUGUCACAUUUUAUGAGAUGUUUUGUUUUUCAACACCUGCUCAGUUUCAGUUAAAAAAAUGUAGUAGUAUAAAGUGGUUGAAUCUUUACCCUCUUUUCCUUUAACAACUGAUAUAUGAAAAACGAUAAGGAUGUUCUACCGUGACAAUGUUUGGAGCCUACGAUCCAUUCUCCUUUAAACAAUGGUCUGCAAAGUGUUGUUCCGACUUUGUUAGACAAAAAUAAGCGCAGCAGACUUUACCUGGUUGUAGCAUAUGCCUGGUUUUAG